AUGGCAGGCAAGAACAACAAGACGUCCCUCGCAAGUGUUGGCCGGAUGCCAAUGAUCUCGGAGGAUGAGCAGGGACAACUUGCGCCCGCCCUCCCCGCGCGGUCUGGCCGGCGUUCGGCGAUCAGAUCAGGGGCGGCGGACCCUGUCAGUCAAUGGUCGAUUACGCCGCCGUCGUCCACAGCCAGUAGCGAUGAGUCCCCGUCUGAAUACAAGGGACCGCCACCGAGGGCGCCGUCCAAGACGGAGGAGUGGUUCCGACGGAGGGGCGGGUGGUAUCGCGUCGGCCUCUUGGCCUUCUUGAUCGUUGCUCUCGUCGUUGGGCUGGGAGCGGGCCUGGGCAUCGGACUCCGCAAGAAGAACCAGCACUCUUCGACGACGCCACCAAGCAGCUCCAGCCCACAGCCCGCCCUCUUCCCCUCGGGCUCCUACUCCUUCACCGCCGCCCUGGUCAACACCUCCACGGCCUGCUCCUCCGACCCGCAGGCCUUCGCCUGCUACCCGUACAGCACCUACUCCCCCUCGGACCCGGCGUCCUCGGCCGCCACCUUCCACUGGGUCAUCGCGCAGCUCAACAGCUUCACCUACGCCGUCUCGUCGAGCGCCAGCCCCUUCGCGCCGUCCUUCGCCAACGUCACCAUGGCCCUGCUCGACGGCAACCAGCACGCCGAGCGCCUCGCCUUCGAGUUCCCCGCCGCCGUCUCCGUCGUCGUGCCCCCCGGCGCCACCACGUGCUGGUACAACGGCACCGUCUUCUCGGCGACGCUGUGGACGCGCAUGCGCGCGACCUACCCCCCCGGCGUGGAGGCGGCGCCGCCGCCGACCAACGCGUCGACCAACUUUGCGGCGUGGCCCUUCCGGGUGGAGAUCGUGCAGCGGCAGCGGGCCGGGGCCGGGGUGCCGGACUGUCGGGACCGGAGCGGGCAGCCGCUGGACGGGCUGGCCGGGAGCGGCGAUUGCGGCUGCUGGUAUUCGAAUUACGGGUUGGGCAAUGGUAGUAGGAGUGAUGCUGGGAAGAGGUGGACCGGGUGA